AUGAUGAAGAAUCUUCUUAUUAUUAUUGUCUCAUUACUUCUGAUCAUUGAUAACUUUGGUCUAUCUACAACAGCCCUCUUCUUUAGCUCUUGGAAACCAAAAAAUCUGGGUCCUAUCCGAGAUGGACCUCCUUCAGCACCCAACGAUUAUGGUCGUUAUAAAAAGCCAUUUUAUGUUAUUGAUUUUUCAUGGGUAUCACCGCUGUUGGUCGAUUUUUUUUCAUUAAAAAAUUGGGAUUUCAAAUCCAUUUCUACACCAACAUAUUUCAUUGGCGUCAGUAUUGUCAAUCUCAACUAUGAGGCUAAUGCUUUUCUCUACGUAAUUGAUCGAACAAAUGCCAAUCAAAUCUAUAAAUACUCUUCGAAAUCGAUCUUAGCAAUAGCUAUCAAAGAAAAGGCCAAAUCAUCAAUCAAUGGUUGUACUCACUAUCGUCAAUCAGAUACCGAAUAUAUUCGUCUCUGCUAUAAUUCUGUCGAGAAAGUAUUCCACAUUGAAGCAGUUGUUCCGAUCAAUGGUGGAAUUCAUUUAUCAUUGAAUUGUAAAAUGCAAUUUUUUCAAGACACCGACGAUUCAAUGGUUCUACUAUAUCCAAUACGACAAUAUCGUCCAGCUUACACUCACAAAAUUGCUGCUCGACCUGUCAAAGGAACAUUAAAAAUUGAUAAUCAAAAUGAACAAUUAAUAGAUGGUCUCGGUAGUGGAGAUUGGACGUUAGGCUUUUUUGAGCAUACUACCACUUGGAAAUGGGCUUCGUUGUCGACGAACGGAAUAGAUUCUGCCAAUAAUCAACCGAUAAGGAUUGGUAUCAGUCUUUCCGUUGAACUUUACGAUGAUGAAAAUGGUAUUUCAAUGGAAAAUGCUAUUUGGAUCGAUAAUCGUGUUUAUAUCGUCGAUAAAGUUAUCUUUCAAUUACCAAGCCAACAGUUUCAAACAAGCCAACCUUGGAAUUUCGAUUCAUCUGUCGAUACUACGAAUAGUCCAAUACUUCAUCUGAUAUUUCACCCGUGGGGAAGUUAUGAGGAACAUGAUUACUUGUUGCUUAUCGCUAUUGAUUUUGUUCAACCAUACGGAACUUAUAGUGGAACAAUCGAAUGGCUUGGCCACACAUACAAGAUCGACAACGGUGUCGGUGUGACAGAAACUAACUCUGCUACAUGGUGA